AUGAGUAAAGUGAAUAAAUCCUCAAAAGCCGGACCGAAACUAACGCUAGCGUCCAUCGAGAGUAUUCCAGGCCAAAUCGGUUUCAUCGUUUGCAAGGGAAAUCAAAUUGUGCACAACACAAUCCCAAAAUCCGAAAAUCCAUUGCAAAUCGCGUUCAACGGAAUGAAGUUGGCAGCGCGAACAAAAGGCGCCGAAUUCGAAGGCCACGAGCCGCACACAAUUCAAGUGCAAUUCAAUCGAUUCAUGUUCGAAAUGUUCCAAGCCGGCCCAUAUUUCAUCAUUGUGAAGAAGAGAAUCGACGACAACGACGCCUAA